AUGCAGCUUGGAGAUAUUGUUCAAAAGCACGCUCUCAUCGGUAACCUUCCUCAUUCCCCCAAUCAACACCCUCUUGUUCUUAGUCCUGAACCUGAAAUCACCACCAGCAAAACCAACUUUUUAGACCAAAAUUCUAGUGAGUUGAAGCUUCCUUCUCCAGAUUCUGAUUAUGUUUCUGUUUCUGCUUCUCAGUUUAACCCCCAAGAUCUUUCUCAAUCAAAUUCAAUUACUUUUAGUGAUGGACUCUCAGAUUUGGAUUCUUCUAUUGCCAAACUCUUAGCACACAAUAUUUUCAAUGAUGCUGAUUCCAUUUCCCAGUUUAGGAGAGGGAUGGAGGAAGCUAGCAAGUUUCUUCCUCCGGGGCCUAACCUAGUAACGGCUCUAGAUUCAAAGGGAGAACAACCAAUCAACACGUUUGAACAGAAUUCCUAUGGGUUGAAGGGUAGGAAGAAUCACAAGCGCCCAGACAUACAAAUCAGAGAAGAAGAAGAUGAUGAUGAUGAAGAAGGGAGAAGUAACAAGCAGUCAGCACUUAGCCUUGCUGAUGAGAAUGACUUGUCAGAUGCAAUUGAUAGGGUGUUUGUGUGUGUGGAAAAUGUGUGUAAUGAAGACAUUACUUUGCAUAAUGGAGCAACCAAAGUUAAGGAGCCAGAUAGAGGAGGAAAGAAGGGUCGUCCAAAGAAACAUGGGAGAAAGAAGGAAACAGUGGAUUUGAGGAAUCUUCUGCUGAUGAGUGCACAAUCUGUGUAUGCCAAUGACUUCAGGACUGCCAAUGAAUAUCUGAAGAAGGUUAGGCAGUACUCUUCUCCCACAGGGGAUGCAUCACAGAGGUUGGCUCAUUACUUUGCCAAUGGCCUUGAGAAUUUGCCUGCAAGCAACUUUAUUUCACGGUUCAACAAACAGAAUUUCGAUUGUCAUCAGUUCUGCAAUCCACACAAUUUGCUGUAG